AUAAAUGACGCGGCGCGUACGCAAGUCGCGCAGGUUUUCACAUUGCGCGAACAUGACACGUCGUGGCUCUCGUUCUCUCAUUCAGAUAUGCGCCUAUCUGGCGUUCAUCACCGUCGCAGUUGCGGGUGAUCAAGAGGAAUGCGAUAAAACGAAAUGCCCGGGUCCAUUGGGGUAUUACGAGGCUCUCGGUUGUACCCCGGUUUAUGAAAAAGAGGGCGAUUGUUGCGCUACAAAAUACAAUUGUGAUCACCUGAAGGGGAGAUCCACUCUCAAGUGUUAUGUCAAUGGUAAAGUGUACGAGAUCGGAGAGAAACUCAAAGAUGAGGACGCGAAUCCUUGUGACAUAGGAUGCACCUGUCACCAAGGAUACGAUGGAAUCGCCAGCUUUAAUUGCGCGAUAGUCGACUGUUUCCAAGGACCAGUACCUCCAGGUUGCUAUAGGCAGAAUUCCCCAUUACUUUGUUGUCCCGGAAAGGACGUUUGCCCUGAAAAUCCCGAAGACAGAGCUGUUUGUAAUGUAGACGGAAAGGAAUAUAAAGAAGGAGAAUACUUUAGUGUCGAAAAUGAACCGGAUUUAAACUGCGUAUGCCAACCGGGCUAUGAAGGACAAAACGUCGAGCCUUUCUGCGCGAAGCCUAAGCGUCCUUAUUGCAGUCCCGAUUUUAAGAAUCCAAGCAGCAUUGUUAACAAUUGCGCUCCAGUUUAUUAUUCCGGUCAAUCGCCGCAGACUAGUUGCAGUGUAUUUGUGAGAUGCCAAAACAACAACGACACUGUUAUUCACAACGAAGACAGUUCAAAGUCCGCCGACAAAAAUCCCGAUGACGAGGACGUUUGUCACUUCGGCAAUAUGACCAUGCACCGCGGCGACGAAUUGAACCAAGCUACAGAUUACAAUUCUGUGUGCGUUAAAUGCGUUUGCGAGGUACCACCUUUACCCACUUGUCAGCGUUUACCGGACGCGGAAUGCGACAUCACGAAACAUCCGCCUUUCCACAAUUUUGAACCUCUGUGAUAAUGUGAUUACUUCCGUUACUCGACUCAGGAUUUCGCGGUAAAUUAGUAAGUAAAUGUAAAAACUUCUCCACACACGUAUAAAAUACUCUAAUGUAAUUUGCAUUUCUUCUUUGAUUACAAUAAAAGAGCAUGUUUUUAUACAUGCACGUUGAAAAAUA